UUAAAAACAUUUUCACACAUUUCAUUUUUUUCUACAUUAUGCCAUAAGUAUGAGGUAUUAUCAAUUUUUCAAAUCUGCAAAGCGAAUUAUUUUACUAUGCACCUCCUUAGUCUCUAGUGAGCUUUAACCAAUGAGUUAUUUCUACUUUGUAGAGAACUAUCCAUGCUCAGAUUUAACAAAUUCACUUUUCCCCAGCCUGGUUACCAAGAAAGAUGGGUUGGUAGAUUAGAUCAUGCAGGCUUUAUUGAUGAUUCUAAACAGGAAAUGGUGAACGAUGAGCUCUGAGGAUUGUGAGAAUGGGAAAGGGAUCUCAGUGUGCAAGUAUAGUUUUGCCAUGACAAAGACUGCUAGGCAUGGCUUAUGCAAGUGGUUCUCAAAUUGUGGCAUCUGGACCAACAGUAUCAGUAUCAUUUGAGAACUUCUAAAAAUACAAAUUCUUAAGCCCAACCCCAAACCUACCAAAUGCCAAACUCUAGGAGUUUAGUAGGUUACAACCCUGCAAACUGUUGUAAUAAGCCUUCCAGGUGAUUAUGAUGUAUAUGAUGUUUGAUUACCAAACUUUACUGCCAAUUAUAAUCACCUGGGGAGGUUUUAUAAAACCAUAGAUUUUAAAAAUUGUGAUUCCCAGGUCACACUCUAAACUAAUUAAAUCAGAAUGUUGGGGGGAUGGGAGUUCAGCAUCAUUAUAUUGUAAAGAUCUGCAUAUGAUUUGAAUGUGCAGAAAAGUUUGGGAAAUUCUUGUCCAUACUAUUUUCUGCCUUCUGGUUUAGAGAGCUCAACCAGAUUCCUAAGUCUUAAAAGGAAGCUUUGGUUUAGAUGAUAUAGCUACUUCUCUGCUGGAGAGGUGGGAAUGGAGGAAGACGGAUAUGCUCAGGACAGGUCUGGACAGCCCUUUUUUAGGUCCACAUCAGCUUACCCAUAGUGGGUCACUUACUGGAAGCCCUCCUGUCUUGACAUGUGCUUCUAUGCAGGGGAGUCUGUGCUUUGUGACUAGUGCAACUGAUUUUUCUGUGGUUUGGGGGAGGAUAUGUAUUUGUCUAAACUACCUCUUACCUCAUGACUCGUCAGUGUGUUGUGGGUUGCAGGGCUGUUGCAUGUAGGAAUGGAGUAGUGUGGGUUUUUAAUAUUUGGAGUUCUGAGGCAGUUCUGUUAAGGCUUCACAUUCUUCCCCCAGCCUGGCUUCUGUGGACUCUGCUCUAGGGAAAGUCCCUUGAAGAAAACGGACCAGUUCUUUCAACUCUAAAAUCAUGGCUCAUGAUUUGGUAAUGUUCGGAGAUGUGGCUAUAGACUUUUCUCAGGAAGAGUGGGAAUGCCUGAACUCAUACCAGAGGAAUUUGUACAGAGAUGUGAUAUUAGAGAAUUAUAGCAACUUGGUGUCAGUGGGAUGUUCUACUUCCAAGCCAGGUGUGAUAACCCUAUUAGAGCAAGGGAAAGAACCUUGGAUGGUUGUGAAGGAUGAGAAAAAAGAAUGGUGCCUAGGUUUGGAAUCCAGAUACGACACUAAAACAUUAUCUCAAAAGGAUAUUUAUGAAAUGAAUUUAUCUCAGUGGGAGAUCAUGGAAAACAUUAGAAGUUAUAGCCCAGAAGAUUCUUUUUUCAGAAAAGAUUGUGAAUAUAAAAAGUUUGAGAGACUAAAGGGUCCUCAAAAGGAGUAUUUCAGGCAAGUGAAAAAAACCACCUCUGAAAAAAGGCCCACUUGUAGGAAACUCAAAUCCCUUAAUUUGUAUCAGAGAAUUCAUAAUAGAGAGAAACCCUAUGAAUGUGGGGAAUGUGGAAAGGCUUUUAGAGUACGUCAACAACUUACCUUCCAUCAGAGAAUUCAUACUGGUGAGAAACCUUAUGAAUGUAAAGAGUGUGGAAAAGCCUUUAGACAGUGUGCCCAUCUUAGUCGACAUCAGAGAAUUCAUACUUCUGACAAACUCCUUGAAUGCAAAAAAUGCGGAAAGAUCUUUACAUGUAGUGCAGAUCUUCGAGUACAUCAGAGAAUUCAUAUUGGUGAGAAGCCCUAUGAGUGUAAGGAAUGUGGGAAAUCCUUUAGAGUGCGAGGACAACUUAACUUGCAUCAGAGGAUUCAUACUGGUGAGAAACCGUAUGAAUGUAAGGAAUGUGGGAAGACCUUUAGGCAGUAUGCACACCUUACUAGACAUCAAAGACUUAAUAUUGCUCAGAAGUGCUAUGAAUGUAAGGAAUGUGGACAGGCUUUUCUUUGUAGUACAGGCCUUAGACUACAUCACAAACUUCAUACUGGUGAAAAACCCUAUGAAUGUAAGGAAUGUGGGAAGGCCUUCAGAGUACGGCAACAACUUACUCUUCAUCAGAGAAUUCACACUGGUGAGAAACCCUACGAUUGUAAGGACUGUGGGAAGACCUUUAGUCGUGGCUAUCAUCUAACUCUCCAUCAGAGAAUUCAUACCGGUGAGAAACCUUAUGAAUGUAAAGAAUGUCAAAAGUUCUUUCGUCGUUACUCAGAACUUAUUUCACAUCAGGGUAUUCAUAUUGGAGAGAAACCUUAUGAUUGUAAAGAAUGUGGGAAAGCAUUUAGACUGUUCUCACAACUUACUCAACACCAGAGUAUUCAUUUUGGUGAGAAACCUUAUAAAUGUAAGGAAUGUGAGAAGACUUUUAGACUGCUCUCACAACUUACUCAGCAUCAGAGUAUUCAUACUGGCGAGAAACCUUAUGACUGUAAGGAAUGUGGGAAGGCCUUUAGGCUUCAUUCAUCACUGAUUCAGCAUCAGAGAAUUCAUUCUGGUGAGAAACCAUACAAUUGUAAGGAAUGUAAGAAGGCAUUUAGACAACACUCACACCUUACUUACCAUCAGCGAAUUCAUAAUGCUGAUAAGCCUUACCUUGUUCCUGAUCUUAGGGGGAAGGUUUUUAAUAUGCCCACUUUCAAUACCCAGCAUCAGAGAAUUCAUACUGAUGAGAAACUCCUUGAAUGUAAGGAAUGUGGGAAAGAUUUUAGUUUUGUAUCAGUCCUUAUUCGACAUCAGCAAAUUCAUACUGGUGAGAAACCUUAUGAAUGUGAAGAAUGUGGUAAGGCCUUUGGUAGUGGUGCAAACCUUGCUUACCAUCAAAGAAUUCAUACUGGUGAGAAACCUUAUGAGUGUAAUGAAUGUGGGAAGGCCUUUUGCAGCGGCUCGAACCUUACUCAUCAUCAGAGAAUUCAUACAGGUGAGAAACCAUAUGAAUGUAAAGAAUGUGGGAAAGCAUUUAGUUUUGGAUCAGGCCUUAUUCGACAUCAGAUAAUUCACAGUGGUGAAAAGCCUUAUGAGUGUAAGGAAUGUGGAAAGUCCUUUAGUUUUGAAUCAGCCCUUACUCGGCAUCACAGAAUUCACACAGGUGAGAAACCUUAUGAAUGUAAAGACUGUGGGAAGGCCUUUGGCAGUGGUUCAAAUCUUACUCAACAUCAGAGGAUUCAUACUGGUGAGAAACCUUAUAAAUGUAAAGCAUGUGGAAUGGCCUUUAGUAGUGGUUCAGCCCUUACUCGGCAUCAGAGAAUUCAUACUGGUGAGAAACCAUAUAUUUGUAAUGAAUGUGGGAAGGCUUUUAGCUUUGGAUCAGCCCUUACUCGACAUCUAAGAAUUCAUACUGGUGAGAAACCUUAUGUAUGUAAGGAAUGUGGGAAGGCUUUCAAUAGUGGGUCAGAUCUCACUCAGCAUCAGAGAAUUCACACUGGUGAGAAACCCUAUGAGUGUAAGGAAUGUGAGAAAGCCUUUAGAAGUGGUUCAAAACUUAUUCAGCAUCAAAGAAUGCACACUGGUGAAAAAUCUUAUGAAUGUAAAGAAUGUGGGAAGACCUUUAUUAGUGGCUCAGCUCUAAAUCAGCACCAGAGAAUACACAUGGAUGAGAAGCCCUAUGAGUGUAAGGCAUGUGGUAAGGCUUUUGGGAGGGAUUCAGAGAUUCGAAGACAUAAGAAAAGGCAUACUGGUAAAGAGCUCUGUGAAUUGGAAAGUUUAUCAAUUGGAAUUAAGUGAUUAAGGAAAGACACAUGACAUAAGAAAAUCAUGCUACUGAGAGUCCCUACAAAUGUAAUUAAGGUACCAGUGCCUUACUUUUGCUUUACCACUAAGUCAGAGAAAAUUAAUGUGGGGGGAAAAAAACCAGGAAAAUAAAAAUCUGAAGAUCUUUACAUUCAUUACUUUGUAAAAUUCCCACUUGUGAAUAUUAAAAAUUGAAAAACCUUUUACUGUAUUUUUGGCUUAAUUUUAUAGGGUUGUUUUUUAUUUUUUUAUUUUUAUUUUUUAUGCCUACAGCACUCAAUCUUCCUAGGGGUCUCCCAGCCAAGUACUGACCAGUCCCGACCCUGCUUAGCUUCUGAGAUCAGACGAAAUCGGGCUUGUUCAGGGUGGCAUGGCU